AUGGAAAACCGGCUCUGGUAUGACAACCUGGGGUGCUGCCAUCAAUACCAAGAAAGUACCCAGAAUGCGGAGGACUUCCUACUCCUGCUGCUGGGCCUUGUCAUUCUUGUCAGCAUUGGGAUCAGCAUGGCAACUAUGAUAUGGCAUGGGCUCCAGAAUUCCUUAGACAAGACCAUCUAUUGGACUAAUCAGAAAAAUGAAAUCUCGCAGGCUUGUGAAAGUUCCCCCAACCAUCCUCCAGCCAAGGCCCAAGACAUCCACAUCCACUGCACCCUGGACCCUGUGGAAGUGAGAAUGGCCCGGCCCACUUGCUACUCCUCGUCCUCCUACCGUCAUCUCUGCAACCGUAGCCGCAGCUGCAGCCGCCGCCCCUGCAGCCACCAGCGGAGGCCGAAGAACCGCAAACAAUUCCCCUACAGUUGCUCGGGCUUCCGUAGGCCGCAUCGCAGCCACGGGAUGUCACAGCUGCGGCAGAUGCCCUCCUUUGAUCGGGAAGACCCAGACUCCUACCUGGAGGAGGAGGAUGACGUUUUCUUCCCACAACCCAAGUACCCGUAGGGGUGCUGGGGAGGGCUCUACCAGCAGAUGGGCCUGCCUUCCAACGUGGGCCUCUGGGGCCGCCAGGGUGGGAUCCUGGCCAGCCUGCCACCACCCUGUCUCUACCUGUCGCCCGAGCUGCGCCGCAUGCCCAAGCGUGUGGAGGCCAAGUCCGAGCUAAGGCUGCAGUCCUUCCGGGCCCCCUGCUCACCAGCCCGCAUCUGGGGCAACAUGGAGGCUGACCAGUGGACCUUGUCUCCACCACCUCCCCGACGGCUGCCCCACCCCUCGUGGGUCCCUGGGGGGCACAGCACUCACCCCUCAAGGGGCCAGCUCCUGUAUGACUCCUGGGAUCAGCGGUGGCGUGGUCUGGAGGGCUCUGAGCCUCCAUCCGCUCUGGUGCCUCGGGGCUGCCGGCCCGAAGACUGGCAGCGCAACUCCCCCCCGGCCCACGGACGGAGCCUCCCCAGCUGUGCUCACAGCCAGCCCAACCACGUCCCGCACCCCUCCAUGGGACACUUGAACUACUCCUGGGAUCCCCACGAGGUGCGGCGCCGGGCGGCCGAAUGGGCGGAGAUGCUGCCCGUUGGGCGCCCUCUGGCCACCUCCGCCUCCCUCACGGUGCUGGCCGAGGCCUCGUACCAGCGGGCCCCGGCUCCCAGCUCAGCGCUGCUCCUCCGCCCCUCCCAGCCCCUGCCCGAUGUCCAGGCUACCGAGCACCGUCCACCCCCGCCCACCUUCAUGCCACUCAGCCGGAACCCCGGGGGCAAUGCCAACUACCAGGUGUAUGACAGCCUGGAGCUGAAGCGGUAAGUGCGAAGCCAAGCGCGGGCCAACUCGCUGCUACCUUCCACCUCGGCCUCGAGGCCCUCUCUGCAUGGGAGCCAGACUGGGAAAAUGAACUGA